AUGGACCGCAUACUCCUCCGAGGUAACACCACCUUACUGGGAAGCGUCAGCAUAUACCUUCUUGCACUCUUAUUGUUCGCGACGCCUUGGGUACAGCGACAAGCGUUGUUCUUGCAUGCAGCGAAAUGGCCGUUAUGGGCCGAUUAUUCUGACCCAGUGCGAUACGGUCUAGCACCAUUCAAGACUUACACGUUUGACCUCACCACCUCGGACAACCACACCAUCGGUGCCUGGCAUGUUCUCCCCGACAGUUACUACCACAGGUACACUCCAUACCCCAUCCUCCCCCGCUCCCCGCUCCCUCCAUUUGCACAAGCGGAAGCUCUCGCCCAACGCCCAACAGUCAUAUACAUGCACGGCAACGCGGGUUCUCGAGCAGCGCCCUUCCGCGUGUCCCUCUACUCCGCCCUUAGCACGCGACUCCACGUCAACGUCGUGACGAUCGACUACCGCGGGUUUGGCGAGAACAAAGGGAAGCCGAGCGAGGCUGGACUUACGAGGGAUGCAAGGGCGGCGUGGGACUGGGUGACGAAGGAGAUGAGGGUGGAUCCAGGGCGGGUUGUGCUCAUGGGCCAGAGUCUAGGCACAGGCGUGGUGAGCCAGUUAGCUGCCGAGCUGGAGAGCGAAGGCAUUCGACCCCGAGGAAUCGUCCUCGCAGCCGCGUUCGAGUCACUCGAAGAGCUCCUAUCAACAUACACGAUCUUCAAGUUUAUCCCCCUUAUACGGCCCUUACGCCUCUUCCCCGGGCUUGAGAAAUGGUACCUCUCGCACCUAAUCGACAGGUUCGAUUCCUACAAAGCACUGCGCGGGAUCUCCAGCCCCGUGCUGCUCAUGCACGCCAAGAACGAUCAGGACAUCCCCUACUCUCACUCUGUGCACCUGUUCGACAGCCUCAUGGAACCUCUCCUUCCCCCGCGGCCGUUCUCUGAAGUACAAGAACAAUCGAUGAGCGAGGGAGAGAAAGCCGACUGGGAGAGGAACGAUAGAGAACGAAGGGAGCUCAGGAGGAGCUUGGUGAACGAGGCUUCUGUUCCGGGAUUCGCGACGAUUCGCAGUUUUGAGAGGACGGAAGGGAAGGGGCCGGUGUUUUUCCUUAACACUUUGUACGGUGGACACAAUCUUGUCUCGGCGCAUGAAGGAGCUAUGGACGUUAUGGGCAGAGUGAUGGAUCUUGGUUUCGAAGACGAUGUCUAGAGCACGCGAGUUGGCCAUCUCUGCGGGGGAUAUCUAGGAAGGUAUAGCUCUUUCGUGAGCUAGGAAAAACACGGCUGUGAGAACGAGGUGAGAUUGAAAGGGGUCGAUCAUACAAGGAACAAGACUACUCUUGCUACUAGGAGAACAAUGUAGAUACGAAAGCGUAAAGAAUGUGAUAAGAAAGGAGCCG